AUGGAGGAGUGGUUGUUUGCCCAGGCUCGCAUCUGGGCGGAUGGAACCGGCUGGACCUCUCGUAUGGAUGCUAAUGAGCUCUUUUUAUGGUUGAGGGACAAACAAGCGAAGCUCACUAGCCGCAUGUUCCCAUCGCUCCGCGUCUCCCUAAAUGGUCUGGAUCCACGUGAGGAAUACUGCGUUCUGCUUGAAUUAUCCCUUGUUGGGCGGCGCAGAUGGCGAUGGGCGGGCGGCGCUUGGGCAGCGGCCGGUGGGGCAGAACCCCAAUCGCCACGACGAUUAAUGCUGCACCCCGAUUCUCCAGCACCGGGACACCAUUGGACAGCAAACCCGAUCUCAUUCAGCAAACUUAAGCUAACGAACAACACAAUGGAUGCGCAGGGACACAUGGUUCUGACUUCAAUGCACAAAUACCGGCCCCGAGUCCUGGUGGUCAGAGCAAGAGAUGCAGCAGCACUAGCGUGGGGUGCACCACAUGCCUCCUUCUCCUUUCCGGAGACUGAAUUCAUUGCUGUUACUGCUUAUCAGAACGACCGCAUCACAAAACUGAAGAUAGACAACAAUCCGUUCGCGAAGGGCUUCCGCGCGUGUGGUCAGUCCAAAUGCAAACGGAAAACCUCAGAUAUAGACCAAGCCACAGACUCAACAAAUGAAUCUCCAGAGCCCAAACGAGCGUGCUCAGAUGCCGCGUCAUCUUGCUCUGAAGAAGGAAGCCUAAGAUCAUCAUCGCCACGGUCACCUCCUCUGGUUGAAUCUCCAGCCCCAAUAAUAAGGCAGACUACCCCAGAUAUCAAAGCACCAGCUUUCUACCCUCCAGAAUUGCAAUAUAUGCAUUCUCUUAACAUGCCGAUGCCUUUUGGGAUUUGGCCCAACGGUCCAGCUAAUCCCUUUAUGGCGUCAUGGAGUCCGAUACCUCCUCCAGCUCCUAGGGUGCCAUCACCAUCACCUCCUGCACCCUGCAGGCGUGUUAAGAGUUUUACCAUUAGUGCUCUACUUGGGGAAGGCUGA